UGUACAACUUGUCUUUUCAACGGCUAUAGAAUGUUGUCAAGGCAAUGAGAAAUGGUGUUCCAAAACUUGCUCCCUUUGAAAUGGUGAUGAAGAGCUCUAUACGAAGCUUUUGGACUCCUUGCCUCUGCAAUGCUCUCUCUCAUUCUCCUCACUCAUAUAGAGUCAUUGAUUGAUACCUCAUAAAAUAAAAUCAUUCUUUUUUAAAGUUUCAGCUUUCUUUCAUAUGAUAUGGCCAACCCACUCUACCCUCACUCAACACUUCCGUUCCCUUCUUCGAGCCUGUGCUCGACACUCCUCUCUCAACACAGGCAAAAAAAUCCACGCCACUAUCAUCACCACGGGCCUCUUCAACUCCCCAAACUCCUUCCUCCACAACGCCUUACUUCAUCUCUACUCAGCCUGUGGCAACCCAGCUUAUGCACGCAAAAUGUUCGAUAAAAUUCCCCACUCACACAAAGACACCAUAGACUGGACCACUUUAAUGGUCUGCUAUGCCCGCCAUUGGGUACCUAGAGAUGCACUGUUUUUGUUUGUUGAAAUGGGGAGAGAGGGUGUUGGAGUCGAUGAUGUGGCCAUGGUUUGCAUGUUCAAUGUGUGUGCGCGGUUGGGGGAUGUUGAGUUUGGAGUGCAAGGACAUGGGUGUUUGGUGAAGAUGGGAUUGAGUGCUAGUGUGAAGGCCUGCAAUGCGGUUAUGGAUAUGUAUGUGAAGUGUGGGAUGUUGGGUGAGGCGAGGCAGGUGUUUGAAGAGAUGGAGGAACAGAGUGUUGUGUCGUGGACAGUGAUUCUGGAUGGAGUGGUUAGAUGUGAAGGUGUGGGGAGUGGGAGGGUGGUGUUUGAUAUGAUGCCGGAGAGGAAUGAGGUCGCGUGGACAAUAAUGAUUGUGGGUUAUGUGGAGAGGGGGUUUAUCAGGGAAGGGUUUAAACUUCUUGGUGAGAUGAUUUUUGGUUGUGGCUUUGGGUUGAAUUAUGUUACACUUUGUUCGUUUUUAUCGGCAUGUGCACAGUCAGGAGAUGUGGUGAUGGGUAGGUGGGUUCAUGUGUAUGCUUUGAAGACAAUGGAAAAUGAGAUGGAUAUCAUGGUGGGCACGGCUUUGGUGGAUAUGUACGCGAAAUGUGGUAGGGUUAAUGCUGCAUAUAGAGUUUUUGAGCACAUGCCACGAAGGAAUGUGGUGGCAUGGAAUGCUAUGCUUAGUGGGUUAGCAAUGCACGGACGGGGUAAAGUUGUUUUGGAUAUAUUUCCACGUAUGGUGGAAGAUGCCAAGCCAGACGAAUUAACUUUUAUGGCUGUGUUAAGUUCCUGCAGCCACUCAGGUCUAGUUGAUGAGGGUUGCCAAUACUUCCAUGAACUUGAAGCUGUGCAUGGCAUAACACCUACAAUAGAACAUUAUGCUUGUGUGGUCGAUCUUCUUGGUCGGGCUGGUCAUUUUGAAGAAGCUGAAAUCUUAAUAAAAAAGAUGCCAAUGCCUCCGAAUGAGGUGGUUCUCGGAUCCCUUUUGGGUUCAUGUAGUGUCCAUGGAAAGCUAGAGCUGGGUGAGCGAGUUCUGCAAGAGCUGGUUCAGAUGGAUCCCCAGAACACGGAAUAUCAUAUUCUGCUUUCAAACAUGUAUGCCUUGGUGGGAAAGAGAGACAAGGCUGAUUCCCUUAGGCAGAUUCUAAAGAAAAGGGGUAUUAGAAAGAUGCCUGGAACGAGUUCAAUUCAUGUUCAUGGCCAAGUUCACCAGUUCUGUGCAGGGGAUAAGUCACAUCCGCAAAUCACGGAUAUUUACAUCAUGUUGGAUGAGAUGAUUCGAAGAUUGAGAGUGGCUGGUUAUGUCCCAAAUGCCGCUUCCCAAGUUUUCUCUGGUUGUGACAGUCAGUUGGGUAAUGUGGAUGAAUUGGAGGAGAUAGAGCAGGCAUUGUUCUCACAUAGUGAGAAGCUGGCAGUCUGUUUUGGGCUUAUAAGCACAAGAGCUGGUUCACCUCUUUAUAUUUUCAAGAAUCUGCGUAUAUGCCAAGACUGUCAUUCUGUUAUUAAGAUGGUUUCUGAUAUAUACAAUAGAGAAAUUGUUGUUAGAGACCGCAAUCGUUUUCAUUGUUUCAAGCAUGGUUCUUGUUCUUGCUUUGAUUAUUGGUGAUGAUAACACAAUAUGCUGAUAAUUUUACAGAAACAGUAUAGGUAUUGAUCCAUUAACUAUGUAUCUGUUUGUAUCUUCUGAUUGUCAGUUGAUCAUAAAACAAUAAAGCUUGUCUUGUAGAGUUAUAUGUAUAAGCUUAUGUCCUGUUGGAA